AUGGUGAAAGUCUGUGUGAACAGAUUUGGCGACAUCCCAGGAGACUACAGAAAAGUGGUGGCUUCUCAAGCCCCUAGGAAGGUGCUUGGCUUCUCCACCUUUGUCACCAAUUCUUCAGGUUCGUCUAGAAAAGUUGAAAAUAAGAAUGCUGGAGGGAACUCAGUCUUUGCUCGCCCAACUCCCAAGUGGCAAAAAUGCAUCAGGGAAUUCUUCAGGCUGUCCCCUAAAGAUUCUGUAAAAGAGAAGCAGAUUCUUGAAGAAGCAGGAAGCAGUGGCUUAGGAAAAUCAAGGAGAAAACCAUGUCCUUGGCAACCUGAUCACAGAGAUGAUGAAAAUGAAUAGAACUUACUCAUCCGAAUAAUGUCUUCAGUUUACUUACAUAUUCUAGGAUGUAAAUUUGGGUAAAUGAGUUUCUCCAAUUGGC